GUAAAAGUGACGUUGAAAUUCAAGAAUCUAAUGGGGGUAUUUGGAUUAUGUCAAAAUGUUUUUGUUAUUUUAUAAUUGAAACCAGAAAAACUGAAUCAAAGACAUUUUUGUGAUGUGUUAAAAUGGUUUGAAAUAAAAAAAUUGUACUGUUUGCAUGUUGAAAUAGCGUGAACUCUCAUCAAAAUCAUUGGGAAAAUUAUGAAAUAAUUAAAAUUUUCCUAUUUGUGUUCAACCUGCACAAAUGCUUUCACAUUUACAACGUUGUACUCUAUGCUUAGAGUCGACUAGCUCUGGAAAGAGUAUAAGUGAAAAAGAUGCCUUUGGAAUAACAAUCUCUUCUAAACUUCAAUUUAUUGCUCCUGAAGUGGAAUGGUUGAGUGAAUUCAAAAUAUGCGAUGCCUGUAUAGAUCAUUUGUCAGCUGCAUGUAAAUUUAAAGAAAAAUGUCUUGAUGUGAAAAACAAUAAGUUCCAUGGGACCUGCAAUAAUUUAUGUGAUACACUUGAAGUAGAGUAUAACAGUGAUAUAUCAGUAGACAAAGAACCCAGUUUAGAAGAGAGUAAAGUUUUUAUAUGCUUCCAUUGUCAAAAGGGUUGUGACUCAAAAGAUGAACUUAUUAAACACAUUGAUACAGAGCAUGUCAAUAAAUAUGAAGAAGAUGUAUCCAAAUACAAAAGAAGGGAGAUAUGCUUGCAGUGUGGUAGAAAAUUUGUAAAAACUCAUUCUCUACAAGAACAUUCAGCCAUAUGUGAUGGAGUCAAUAGGCAUAUGAAAAUUGAAGUGGAAAAAGAACACCAGUGUCUCAAAUGUAAGAGAUAUUACACGACUGACAAAAUUCUUAGAACCCAUGAAAAGAGAUGUUUCAUAAAGGAUUUUGAAAAAACUGACCAUCAGUGUACUGAAUGUAAUGCUUUCUUCAAACAUUUGAGUACACUUCGAAAACAUUUAAAACAUGGCUGCAGAAGAAAUAGUAAUGAUUCCAUGUUUUGUAAAAUAUGUGACGAACCAUUUAAAUCCCAGCAGAAAAUGAAUGAACACAUGAGGGAGGAUCACAAAAAAUCUUCCAGCUUUUGCGAUAUCUGCCGUGAAAACUUUGAUACUAAUGAAGAUUAUGAAUUUCAUAAAAGAAAUAAACAUGCAAAAGAAAGGUUCCUGAAAAAAAGAAUAUUUAUCUGUGAAAUUUGUAAUGAUACAUUCAACCUUGUCAAAGAUAUUAUUGAUCACUACAUAAAUAUUCAUUCUAUGGAGGAAAAACAAGUUAAACCUUACUGUUGUGACAUUUGCAGUAAGAGGUUCAGAUCAUCAACAAAUCUAAUGAAUCAUAAGCUUUAUCAUGAUAGAAAUAGAACCAACAUAUGUAGCAUAUGUGGUAAAAGUUUCAUAACCAAAAAUGAUCUUUUGUCUCAUGAAAUGAUACACUUUAAUCAACGAAAUUAUAAGUGUGAUAAAUGUGAAAAAGCAUUCAAAACUAGUAGCAAUUUGAGAACGCAUUGUUUGAUAGUCCAUAGUGAUCCAGAAUUGUGGAAGUUUGUUUGUCAUGUUUGUGGAAAGCGAUUUCCCCUAAAAUCCAAUCAUGACCAACAUUUGCGUAGACAUACUGGCGAGAAAAACUUUAUAUGUACACUUUGUAAAAAAACAUUUGCUAGCAAAAGUGAAUUACAGGAGCAUGUGGGUUACCAUUCUAAUGUUAGAUGUCAUAGGUGUGACCAGUGUGGGAGAGAAUACAGGAAAAAGAAUACUUUAGAUGUACAUUUGACCAAAGCUCAUGGUAUUGGUAAUGCAAAAAUACCCAUUAGAGAAAGGAAGCAUGCUUGUCACAUAUGCCCUGGCAGGUUUCAUGAUCGACUGAAAUUAGCCCGACACCUUUGUACCCACUCUGGUCUGAAACCAUUUUCGUGUUAUAUAUGUGAAAAGAAAUUCACUGAUAAAUCGUACUUAAGACAACAUCUCAAAAAUACUCAUAGUAUUAAUGAACAGCAAUCUAAUGCACUCAGUACCUCAAAAUGAAAAAAUAUAAUUUAUCAUGGGCUAUUCUAUAUUUAUGAUUUCAAUGUCAAUUAUGUGUAUUUUCAUGUUUAUGACUUUUGUUUUUUGUUUAUCUGUUCAAAUACCAAGAUUAGGAUUAGUAAAUGGUCUGAUACUUAAAUCUCUACUUCACUCUCCUCAUAAAAAAAAUUGAAAUGUGAUAUAAAGAUGUGAAAGUAUAAGAAUAUCUUAAAAAGUUAUUCAUCAGUUGUAUAAAUUAAAUGGAUUUUUAAUAAUUACUGUAAUUUUUUGAAAAAUUCAAUUGGUAAUGUGAAAUGUUUAUACAUAAAAUGAAGCCAGGUAAUAAAAUCUUUUGCGAUUAUUUUGCUGGCAAUCUAUUUUGGUUUUAUGUCUAUAAUGUUAUAUAACGAAAUGGAAUAAAUUCAUUAUGAUACACUUUA